AUGUCUCUGCCACAGAAAAAGUAUUACAGACAACGUGCACAUUCUAACCCAAUCGCAGAUCAUUGUUUUGAUUACCCACCUCACCCAGAUGAUUAUGACUGGUCUGCUUUGUAUCCUAUGAUAAACAAUGAUGAAAACAAGAAUAAAAAAGUAGAAUUUUUAGAUGUUGGCUGUGGAUAUGGAGGUCUUUUAGUUACACUAUCACCGAUGUAUCCUAAAAGCUUGAUGUUAGGUUUAGAGAUACGUGUAAAGGUAUCUGAUUAUGUUAAUGACAGAAUUCAAGCACUGAGAGUACAACAUACUGAUCAAUACCAAAAUGUGGCUGUGCUACGAACAAAUGCUAUGAAAUAUUUGCCAAAUUUCUUCCAUAAAGGACAACUCAAAAAAAUGUUCUUCCUUUAUCCAGACCCACACUUCAAGAAGGCCAAACACAAGUGGAGAAUAAUCAAUAAGUGGUUGCUGUCUGAAUAUGCUUAUGUGUUAGCUGAACAGGGUAUUGUUUACACUAUUACGGAUGUAAAAGAUUUAAAUGAAUGGAUGGUAUUUCAUUUUGAAGAACAUCCAUUAUUUGAAAGGAUACCAGAUGAAGAACUGAAAUCAGACCCAAUAGUGGAGAAAUUAUAUGAAAGUACAGAAGAAGGCAAAAAAGUGACAAGGAAUAAUGGUGACAAAUUCAUUGCAGUGUUCAGGAGGAUUCCUGAUAAAGUAUGA